AUGCCUUCCUAUCUCAAGAAGGUAGCCAUUGUAGGCGCUACAGGAAACAUAGGCCAUCACAUCCUCACCGAACUCCUCGCCCUUGGCAACCACUCCAUCACCGCCCUCACCCGUCCCACCAGCACAAUUUCCCUUCCUUCCGCCGUCAUCAUCGCCAAAGUCGACUACUCCAACAUCGAAAAUCUCACAAAAGCUCUCCAAGGCCAUGAUAUCCUCAUCAUCACCCUCUCCGUCGGCACCCCUCCUCACGUGCACUCCAACCUCGUUUCCGCCGCCGCUGCCGCCGGGAUAAAAUACAUCAUUCCCAAUGCCUAUGGAUUCGAUUUCCGCAAUCCCGCGCUCAUUGCCUCGAUCGAUGUUUCUGGCCUCGCACAAGGCUACUUUUCCCAGAUUGAAAAGUUGGGCAUGAUGCAUUUUUCGCUGGUCUGUGGCUUUUGGUACGAGUGGAGUCUGGGCGUGCCCUCACUCUACGGAAUCGAUUUGCAAACCAAGAGAGCGGUGUUUUACGAUGAUGGAAACACUGCUAUUAAUACGUCGACCUGGGAGUUGUGUGGCAAGGCUGUUGCGAACAUUGUUUCGUUGCCAGAGCAGGAGUUGGAGGAGAAGUGGAAGAAUAAGAGUUUUUACGUUUCUAGCUUCAGAGUCAGUCAGAGGGAGAUGUUGGACUCGGUGCAUAGAGUUCUAGGAACCAGUGAUGAGGAUUGGGAGAUUGAGCACGAAUCUGCAAAGCGGCGUUACGAGGAGAGCAUGCAGGCUGUCAAGAAUGGAGAUCAGAGGGCUUUUGCUAAAGCAAUGUACGCAAGAUGUUUCUACACAGACGGCAGUGGCGAUUUCGAGAGCAGUCAUGGGUUGGACAAUGAGGCUUUGGGGUUGGCUAGCGAAGACUUGGAUCAAGCUACCAAAAGGACUGUUGAGAUGGUUGAAAGUGGAUGGAACCCCUUUGCUUAG